AUUUCCCCAAGACUGUAGAGGGAAAGAGGAAACGGCAUUUCUCUCGUGUUAAUUUUGCAGAGAGCCAGAAAGAAAAAAAAGAAAGAAGGAGAAGCAAAGAAAGAGAAAAAUAGAUCAGGGGCGAUUUAGGUCCUCAUUCCCGUCGCUAGAUCGGUGGACCAAAAAAAAAACCGGGACUAUUGAUAUCGAUCUUUUAGCGAUCUAGCCGGCUGGCUAACUUCUACAUUUAUUUCUCAUUAGUCGGCUAGCUGGGUGUUUUAUCAGUGAACGUUUCUUAUAAAAGUCCUACACAGAGAGCAGUUAUUUGGUAGAAGCGCUGUAUCUAGUUGCACGGAGAAGGUCGCUUUAAUACAACAAUAUGGGGAGAAAAUCGAAUCGAGCAAAAGAGAAGAAGCAGAGGCGCCUGGAAGAGCGUGCGGCGAUGGAUGCUGUGUGUGCCAGAGUAGAGGCUGCCAACAAGCUGGAAGAUCCUCUGACUGCUUUUCCCGUGUUCAAGAAGUACGACAGAAACGGACUGAAUCUACAGAUAGAAUGCAAGCGCGUCUCUGCCUUGGCCCCUAGCGCUGUGGAAUGGGCCUAUCAGCUCACCAGGGCCAACAUGCAAAGCCUCUACGAGCAGAGCGAGUGGGGAUGGAAGGAGCGGGAGAAGAAGGAGGAGAUGAAGGACGAGAGGGCGUGGUACCUGCUGGCGCGCGACGCCGACUCCACCCCCCUGGCGUUCUCCCAUUUCCGGUUCGACGUGGAGUGCAGCGAGGAAGUGCUGUACUGUUACGAAGUGCAGCUGGAGAGCCGCGUCAGAAGAAAAGGACUGGGCAAGUUCCUGAUCCAGAUCUUACAGCUAAUCGCCAACAGCACACAGAUGAGGAAGGUGAUGUUGACAGUCUUCAAACACAAUCACGGUGCAUAUCAGUUCUUCAGGGAAGCCUUACAGUUUGAGAUUGAUGAGACCUCGCCCAGCAUGUCCGGUUGCUGCGGAGAUGACUGUUCCUAUGAGAUUCUGAGCCGACGGACGAAAUAUGGGGAGGUCGGGGGUCAUAGCCACAGUGGGGGCCACUGCGGGGGGUGCUGCCACUGAAG